UCAUGUGACCGGUUGGCUAGCCACUGGCAGUUAAUGAGCUGUUAGCGUCAGUGCACAAACACUGUACAGCCGUAUAACCUAUUUGUGUAAUAACCGUCGAUGUGCGCUUAGGACUGUAUAGACAUAAAGAGAGCAGCUAUGUUGUUAGUUUUGUCUGACGAGCAUAAGGAGCACUUGGGAUUCUUAUCUGAAGUGGACACAGUGGUUGUAGGAGAAUUCGGCCGAAUUGCGGUGGAGUUUUUAAAGAAGGGAUCGAACGCCAAAAUUUACGAGGGUGCAGCGAGAAAACUAAAUGUACCAACACACAGUGUUCAGUAUGGCGUUGAAGGGCUGAUGUAUCUGCUUACCGAAAGCUCAAAACUUAUGAUCUCUGAAGUGGACUUCCAGGACUCCGUGUUGGCAUUGGGUUUUUCAGAGGAGCGAAAUAAACUCCUUUUACAGCUGUAUUUGGAAAACCGGAAAGAAAUACGGAACAUUCUAAGUGAGCUUGGCCCGGCUUUGCCAUGCUACCACAACCUUGAGUGGCGUUUGGAUGUGCAGCUGGCCAGCAGGACUCUUAGACAGCAGGUGAAACCUACACUUAGCUUGAAGCUACACUUGGAGAGCGGAGGGAUCCGGUCUGCCCGCGUUCUGCAGACGGACCCUGCCACCCUGCUGCACCUUGUCCAGGAGCUGGAGAGAGCACUCGCUGAGGUCAAGAGCAACCACUGCCGCCGAAUCCUUCGCAACAUAAAGUAACACUUUGCAGUAGCACUAAAUAAAGUGGCCACUAGAUGGCACAGAUGUUGAUGUUUCCCCAUUCAUGGUCCUGGAGCAUCUCUGCCUUAUGGGUUUUAAAGGGGCACUGUGUCAGAUUUAGUGGCAUCCAGUAGUGGGGUUGCAAACUGCAACCAUGUUCCGCAUUGUGGUAAUGUUUUACUGCUAAUGGUAGCUAGCAGCUUUGCAUGCAAAUUCAAGGUAACAUCAGCGUAGUGAUGGCAAAACACUUUUGUUGACUUCAGUACGUCUAGUCUGACAUCAGUAUGGUGUUGGCAGGAAUGUUUUCUCUUCAUUUGCAAAGCUUAGCUUGCUUCAUCUGAUAAUAUUACCAUUCUUUAUGAUUCUAAAUACUAAAGAUACACAUCUUGUUUUGGGGCCCAAAUAUGAAACACAGUGAUUCAUUAUUACAAAGUGAUUAAACAUUAAUGAACAGAUCACGAGUGCAAAUGGACCGUCUAAAUCUUACACACUGCACCUUUAAUGAUGUCACCGCUGUUGGGAUGUUAUUUAGCUGAGGAGUUGGACCAGCUAGAUUCUGGGUGGAAUACAGGUGACUUGGGCAUGAGAAACGUUCAUGCCAGAGUUUGUUUGUAAAUUUGUAAGUAUGGCAGACCUUUGUGCUCAUGUACAAUGGAAAUGAGAGAAGAGAGAGAGCACGAGAGAGAGAGAAGACUCAUUUUCUAGUGUAGUGAGCCUAGAUCUGUGGUCAUUUUCCUUCAUAUUGUUUUCACAUACACAUUAUUAAGGGUUUUCCAUCCAUGGCAGGAAAGAGUAGUUUGUAGUAGUCUGAUUGUUUCAUAAAUAAAUCUAUUCUCAUUGUUUUAAUAAGUAAAUCAGUGGAUUGUUUGUACUAUUGUCAAUUCUUGUAUAUCUGUAAGCACAUUUGGGAUUUAUACUUUAUUUUUCAGUUAACUUUAGAGAAAUGUAGGUUUGAGAUAAAUGGGGCAGAGUCAGCAGUAGCACUUACAUUUUAAUGAUGAAUUAAAAACAAAAGCAUUAUUAGUGUGCCAAUGUCCUGUAGAUGUUUAUGGCUUGAUGAGGCCAUGCAGUUGUACCUUACAGGUGCUGAUUGGAUGGUGAGGGUAAAUGACCCGGGUGCUGAUUGGGUAAUGAGGACGACUGACCCGGGUGCUGAUUGGGUAAUGAGGACGACUGACCCGGGUGCUGAUUGGGUAAUGAGGACGACUGACCCGGGUGCUGAUUGGGUAAUGAGGACGACUGACCCGGGUGCUGAUUGGGUAAUGAGAAUGACUGACCUGGGUGCUGAUUGGGUGAUGAGGGUGAAUGACCUGAUAUUACAUUACAUUACUUUAAAAUGCGAUAGCAUAAGAUAGCAGUUACUUGGUUAUAAUGUGAUGGAAUUAGUACAGGGUGAUCGUUACAGCACAUCAGAUUCAAAGUCAAGUUGCUCCUUCAGAAUACAUCACCACUAAGGCUAUCCCAGUGCAUCAGUCCUGUUACAACAGAGCAUCAGGGAACAGGUGACAAUAACGGGGUUAGCACAUCAGUCCUGUUACAACAGAGUACCAGGUAAGAGGGGACGAUUCUGACAGGUCCUUCAGCAGCAUGGAUCCCUGGAGUGCAGGACAUAUAGAACAGCCUUUUAGCAUUUUCAAUCAAAACACUUAAGUGUCUAUAAUUAAGAAUAUGCUCAUAAUUUCUUUUUCCCCUCCCACACUGAAUUUAGAUUGGCGGUACCUAUAUGAUAAUGUUAAUUUCAUCAGACGUUUGCAUUGAAAACUCUCAAGAACACUCAAGAAAGUCUCCGUUUAUACAUUUCUAAAGAUUAUUAGGUUAUCUGAAAGACGGUUCUAUUUUGUCAUCAUAAUUUAAUCCAGAAAAUAUCAUUAGUUUCUCAUCAAAUUUAAUUUAAGGUGUACCUGUGUGUAAUGACAAACCUUUACAUGCUUUGCUUCUUUGUAAUGACAUGUCACCUCCUAAAUGUUAUGUGACUCUGAAAAGUGAUUGUCAUCAAGAAACGUUAUGUAUAAAAAUCUUACUUUUAAAAUGUGACAUGCAAAAUUACAUUUUUUUUUUUAGAUUUUUUAAAGUGCUUUUUAAGUGUUUUUAAGUUUUGGGGUUUUUUUAAAGCCCAUUUCCUUCAAAUGUUUACAAUGUUGAGCAAAAAGUAUGUUGCGUUGACUACACCUACACAAUUGUUAUAAAUGAAUAUAUUUGUAACUGCAAAAGUUCAUGGUAAUGUUGUCAGACAUGGUAAUUAAAUAUUUACAAACUUCA